CUAACCUUCCAAAUUUCUCCCCCACACAAAAAAUGUCAAUUUCAAGAAAGCUCUUCACCGCUGCAGCCCCCUCCGCCCUCCACAACCCACUCCAAUCCAUCUCUGGUGGCGGUAGCGGUCCCGACACCAGCUUCGACACCAAUGUCGUCAUGGUCCUCUCCGUCCUCCUUUGCGCCUUAAUCUGCUCCUUAGGCCUCAACUCCAUCAUCAGAUGCGCUUUUAAAUGCUCUCGAAUUGUCGUCUCCCAUGACCACCGUCCUCUCCCGACCACCACCGCUCCCCCGACCGGAGUUCACAAGAAGGCCAUCAAGAGCUUUACUGUCGUUCAAUUCUCCCCCGAGCUCAACUUCCCCGGGAUGGAUAGUGAGUGCAUUAUUUGCUUGUCGGACUUUGCUGCCGGCGACAAACUCCGGCUGCUCCCUAAGUGUAACCAUGGAUUUCAUGUUAGGUGUAUUGACAAGUGGCUGACUUCUCACUCCUCUUGCCCUAAAUGUCGGCAGUGUUUAGUUCAAACUUGUCAGAAGAUCGCGGGCGUUGGCUCCUCCACCUCCACCUCCGGUCAACCGCCGCCUCCGAUUUUGAACUUAACACCGGUGGAUCACGAAGGUCCGGUACGAAUUUAAGGCAAAAUAAUAGGGAUUAGGAGUAGAGUAUGAAAUUGUGUAUAUAUAUAUAAAUAAAUAUUAAAAUUUCUCACAAAUUCUAAUGUUCUUCAAAUU